GGCCUAUGUGUGUAACUUCAAAACAGCUCUAUGGGUGUGAAGACCUUUAUUCCAAAGCGUGUCGAGUCGGGGAGGAGCGACGUCAGAGUAGGCUACCACUCAAUCCCAAGAGUGUUCAUUCUUACCGUUUUGACAGGACAGGACCUGUGUGAUUGUCUACCUGCGACAUUGGCAACCGAGGAAAUGAGUGGUCGAGUCGGUGACCUGAGCAUUAAGCAGUCGGAAACCUUAGAGCAGUUUCGAAAGAGAAUUGAGGAAAUUCUCCCUAACCUUCCCGCGCAACAUGAUCACUACCUCCUUCGUUGGCUACGAGCUCGGAGCUUCAACAUUGAAAAAGCUGAUGCGAUGCUGAGAAAGCACGUGGAAUUCAGGAGACUCAUGAAAGCAGACACCAUCAUCUCUGACUGGAAGUCUCCUGAGGUGAUAGAAAAGUACCUGCCUGGGGGGAUGUGUGGCUACGACCGCGACGGUAGUCCCAUCUGGUACGACAUCAUUGGUCCGCUGGACCCCAAAGGCCUCAUGAUGUCGGCCACCAAGCAGGACUUCAUGAAGACCAAGAUCAGGCACACGGAAAUGCUACGCAAGGAGUGUCAGAGACAGUCUGAGAAGCUGGGUACAAAUAUCGAGACCAUAACUCUGAUCUAUGAUUGUGAGGGGUUGGGCCUAAAGCACCUGUGGAAGCCUGCCCUGGAAGCCUAUGGAGAGAUGCUCACCAUGUUUGAGGAUAACUAUCCUGAAGGCCUCAAGAAGGUGUUUCUCAUCAAUACUCCUAAGCUCUUCCCCAUGGCUUACAACUUCGUCAAACAUUUCCUGUGUGAAGGGACACGGCAAAAGAUUGUUGUGCUGGGAGCCAACUGGCAAGAGGUGUUACGUAAACACAUUGACCCGGAGCAGCUGCCUGUGGUGUAUGGUGGGUCUCUGACAGACCCGGAUGGUAACCCACGUUGUCAGACCAUGAUCAAUUAUGGCGGAACAGUGCCCAAGACCUAUUAUGUUCAGGACUCAGUGAAGGUUCAGUAUGACAACAGCAUGACCAUCAGUCGAGGCUCUGUCUUUACACUGGAGUGUGACAUCACCACCCCUAGCAGCCUUCUGAGGUGGCAGUUUGCAAGUGACGGGGCCGAUAUCGGGUUUGGUGUUUUUAGGCGCACUCAGGAGGGGGGGACUCAGAAGGUGGAGGACAUGCUCCAGGUGCUGCCCAGUGAGCGCUACAAUGCCCACAUGGUCCCAGAAGACAGUUCGCUCACCUGUGAUGAGCCGGGAGUAUAUGUUCUGCGUUUCGAUAACACGUACAGCAUUCUGCAGUCAAAGAGGAUCAGCUACAACAUGGAGGUUCUCCUCCCGGACAGACAGACGCAGAGCCCCAGGAGCUGAGGAGAUGGACGGCUGCAGUGAUGCACACACAUACUUGCACAAACACUAACACACACAUAGGCAGAGACAUACCUAGCCACACUUGCACUUGGCAGGGUUACAGUGGAUUGAGUAAUUAAUUUCCCAGUUUAAACUUGUUCUAUCAUACUGUGGUGUCGUGCAGUUCUAAGAGUGUUUUAUAUGGAACAAUAUUGUUGAUAUGCUAUAACUAUUCUGUAAUUGUUUUCUAACCUCAUCUGACCAAGACAUGGGCAUGGUAACUUGGACUUGGUCCCCAGGCACCGCUGAUAUGGCUGUCCGCUGCUCCUGGCUGCUUUUCCUUGGAGGAAGAGCAGCUUGGAUGGGACAAAUGCAGUGAACAAAUUCCUUAGGUGGACACUCCUGCAUGCGUGUGAGUGUGUGUGUACUCGAUGUUGCCACUCCCUUCACGCAUGUGUGUGUCUGUCCUAUUGUGAGAUUAAUAUAUACGUUUCUUCUCGAUCUACCAUUUUGUUCACAGUUCCUUUCUUAUUCAAAUAUGAUUUUAUUUUGUGCAUUCUAAGAUGAAAGAUCGAAUGAUAUCUCAAUUCCUCUUCACAUUCAUUCAAGGUUUGAAUUAGAUUAAAUCUGCACAGAAGUCUGAUUCAACCUAUUGUAAAGGUGGUGUAAACAAUUAGUUUUUUUUAUUAGCAAUUGUAUUGACCCAACGUGGCAGUUAUU